GAAAAUCUGUGGUGGUCUAGGCACUAGUGCAGUCCUUCUUUUGUUGUACUGUGGCCAAAGAGGCAGUCCCGGACCAUACGGCUUCUCAGUAUCUUUACCUCUCAUUGCAGCUUCAUGUGCUGACUGAGCUCAGUAUAACUCAGCAAACAUGAUUUGGAUCACCUUGUUUUGGCUUCAUAUGUUCUCAAAUCUUCUUGCAUUACCCAACAUGACUGUGGACAUAAACAGUGCUGCACUUGAUGAACCUGUGACGUCAGCCGAGGAUUUUGAGGACGCAUCUGUACAGAACCAAAAAGAGCAAAGUGUCAGAAAUGUCGAUCGAGAAAAGUGCAUGGUGCCUUGUGAGAUCACAACAAAACUCAUACAGGAUGAGAAGCAUUCUUGGUGCAGUAACCUCCAGCAUACCAUGACAACAUAUACCAGGAGCACAAGGAAGCUGAUCCGAGAUUUAAUUGACGAACAGCAGAAGACUCUGGAAUUCCUCUCUAACCAGGUAAUGGAACUUUCAACCAAAGUCCACAGUCUCAGUUUAGAUGUGCAGAGGAGCAACAGUGAGAUGUUUUCUGUGAAGCCCAUGAAUGCUCACGGUAGAGACUGCACUGACAUCAAAGAAACACUAGAGACAGUAACACCAAAAAUUCCAAGUGGGGUUUAUAUUAUUCAACCUGAAAACUCUGAGCUUUUGUUUGAGGUAUUUUGUGAGAUGGAUUACAUGGAUGGAGGCUGGACGGUCAUCCAGAGGCGGACUGAUGGCCUGACUGACUUUAAACGUGCAUGGUCAAGCUACCUGGAUGGAUUUGGACCCCUACCAGGAGAACACUGGCUUGGUUUGAGGAAGGUGCACAGUAUUGUGAAUCAGAAGAACACCCGCUUUAAGCUUCACAUCUCCUUCGUCUCUCAAGAUGACUCCACAGCGUAUGCCUCUUAUGACAACUUCUGGCUUGAAGACAAUAGCAAAUUCUAUGCAAUUCAUCUUGGCAGAUAUGCUGGUAGUGCAGGUGAUGCUUUCAGAGGAUAUGAGCAAGAGCAGAAUCAGGACACGGCACCUUUCAGUACCUCAGAUGUCGAUAAUGAUGGCUGUGUUCCUUUCUGCACUUUUGAUGGCAAAGCUGUGGAGAGCUGCAGCGUGCAACACAACAACACAGGCUGGUGGUUUAAUCAGUGUGGCAAGGCAAACCUCAACAGCUCACCACUGGACCAAGAUCCCUAUACUCAACCGCACCUUCACUGGGACACAUGGACUAAGAACGGAGAGCCUGUCAGCAUCAAGUCAGUAACAAUGAAGAUCAGGAGGGUUGACGGCUCAAAUCUGAAAUAAACUUUUCAAGACUGAAAGUUGGAAGAUUGAGGAACGUUUCAUUAAUUAUCAGUCAGAAUGCAAUUUAAUUAAAUAAACAUACCAAGGUCAAAAAUACUGAUGUGUAAAAGGCAUAUCUUGAAAUAACACCAAUUUUUUUUCCCUAAUAUUUAUCUUUUUGAAAUUAAAUGUCACUAUUAGCCACAAA